AACAAGCUGUCUCUUCUGAUUUCUUCCAUAGACGAACAGCAGUCAACAGGUGAAUGUUCUACUGCACAGUUAGAUAUAAUUUUUCUCGAUGAAGCUUGGAAUUAGAGAAUUUUUUUGGCGGAUACCGUGUGGAUUAUGACAAUUUACGAGUAAAUAAUAUUUCUCUGAACACCAAAAAUGGAUAUGAGCACCAAGAUACCAAUUCUUAUCUUCAUGAUUAUUUUUAUAAGCUGUGUGUCAGGAGGGGACGUCCCUGGGCCUUAUAAACUGACAGUGGAUAUUUUGGAUGGGGAGGUGACAGCGCUUUGGAGCCAUCCUAAAGAUGCCCCUUCAAACACCAUGUACAAUGUAGAAUUUGCGAAGUACACUGAAGAAUGGGCCAUGGUGGCCAGGUGCACAGGGAUCAAAGAGACCUACUGUGACCUUAGCAGCUUUAUACGUGAAUACCGAGCUGCCUACAAGGUCAGAGUUCAGCUGGUAGCUGGAGAUAAAGAGUCUGCUUGGACCAGAAAGAAAUUUCUCCCAAAUGAAAGUAAACUGCAGCCUCCCUCCUUCACUUUGUGGGCUACGUCCAGCACUCUCACAGUAUAUAUUCACGAAAAAGAAAUUCUGUAUGAGCUGUUUCCCUUUGGGCUUACCUACAAUAUCAGCCUUGAGGAAAGAGGACAGCACAGUAAGAAAACCAUAGCAUACUUGAAAAGUGACAAAGGAGACAAUAAGACGACCAAGACUUUCAGUUCUCUCCAUUGGGGAAGAGAGUACUGUGUCCGUAUCGUGGUAGAGGCCAUUGCAGAUCUCCCCGUCAGCAGCACGUCCCCUCAACAGUGUCUGCAGCUACCAGAGCAAGAGUGGUACAUGAUUGCUGUAUCAUCCUUGUCCAUUGCGGGUGUGUUGGCUUUUAUUGCUAUCACAGCAGCCAUCCUACUGUGUUACCUGAAGCAUCCAGAGAAAACACCUGCUGUACUGAAAUCCACUGUAAGUGGCUGGCAUCCACUCACUGUUGGAGAUGAGACAAUGGAAGUCGUCACAGACAAAGGCUGGUUCCUGUCCAGUCACAGAACAGAAGUGAAACAACCAAUGACACUCCUUGUUGCCGUAACAGAGGACAGUGGAGAGGAGAACAGGCGGACAAGCAUGGACAGUGGGGUCAGCAUGAAGUCCAGCUCUGUUACCAAGAGUGGAGGAAGUCCUCCAAUGAGACAAGAGGACAGUGGCUGUGGGAGCAUGGGAGGAUCAGAGAGCUCCACUAGCAGUCAGACGGAUUACCCCCUGCAGGAUGAGAGUACUGAUACCGACACAGUCAGGAAGAGGGAGGAUAGUGGAGUGGGCCUGGGCUGCCAGCUCAAUUCUUCAUCCAUGAAUCUGAAUGCACUGGACAGCGAACCUCUGAAAGAGUUUGUUGCUGGUAAUAAUUAUCACAGCCAGAGCCAUUCAGCUGUGCAGAUUUGUGUCUGUGAUGAUGAGGAAGCGCUUAAACAAACAAUUCCUGAUCCAGUUUUGAUAGAAGUGGUCACAGGCUACAGGGCCGGGCCUCAGUCGUGUAUCUGCUCAGGAGCAGGUCAGUGCACUUGGUGCCAUAAACAAGGCCUCAAUGAAACGGACACAAUCAAACAAUACAGAACUAUGCAUAUAGAAAAUGGACUAUUGAGCGACAAUUGUAACAUUACUGACUCUUACAAAGAAGAGCUCAUAUUUUCAAGUUAUCCCAGAAAAACACAAAUGGACACACUCAUGAUGAAUGACUUGGAAACAACUUUCUUGCAUCUUGGGGAGAAUUUCCCUUUGCUAUCAGCUCUUUCACCAAUGGCUCUAGUGGAGGGAAAACAGGACUUAAAUAUGAACAAUGUGUCCCUCUCUCUCUGUGAUGUACAGCUGACAACUGAUUGAUACACUGAAAUGCAACAACGCUAUAAAAACAUGCUGUUUUUGAGCAACACACUCCCUUUUCUUCAUUAGACACUGUGAAUCAUGAAAUAGAAGCCCUAAUAAGUAUUUGGGGAGACUGUUAGUGAACAUACGAAGGAAACAAAAGGGUGACGCCACACAUCUGUUGGCUGUUGGUUAAUGUCUCAUGAGAUUAUGGUCUGUGAUGUCAAAGAUCACAUUCUAACCAUCUCACUGGGUAUUUAUAGCUGACUAAAAGGCAGUAUGCCAGAAGUGAAACUGGUGUGGGGAGCAAUGCAGAGCACCGGUUUGACAGUUAAAUGCUUUGGACAUUUUGUGAGUUUUCCCAACCUCCCACCUUCACCAACAACUGAAUUCCUUAUGCUGGUAACCAGCUUUAUAAGUUUCUGACAUGUGUUCUUGCCUGACUGAAACAAUUAGAUAGAUUACUUGAGAGUCACUGUGAAAUAGAUUUUUAUUCGGUCAGUAAUAUGGUCGGACUAAUUUUUUUAACUAUCACUCAUCAAGUUGUGUCAAGCUAAAGGCAGAAUUAAUCAGCAAACAUUUCUGUACUCAUCUUGAAUGGUGUGGAUGUUAUAGAUUCCUUUACUCCUUUCUGAAUCAGCCAGUGAGGUUUAGUUACAUUCCUGUUUAAAUUAUUUGUUACAUAAAAAAGCUAUUUAUUUGUUGUAUGUAUGACACUGCUCUUCUACAAAUGAUUGAAAGAUAUUGUUUCACUGAAAUGGUGUGUAAAUGUCUUACUUUCGUAAAAAUAAAUUUAAAAGAAGACAAUGGGUAAACAGCUGAUGUGGAUUUCCGAAACCAUGACUCAGUGAAAAAGGCAAACUCAAGGAAAACCCUGAAACAACGUGAUGCCUACAGGAAAUGAAACACGAUACCACUUAGCUAUACAUGGGAUCCCCAUAUGCAAAUUCUGUACAAAAACCAGGGCAGUGGUUUCAAAGCUUCUAAAUGUACUUCCUCUUUUAAGCUUCCACUCGAUUUAAAAAAAAAAAGUCCCACAUUGUAUAACAGCAGAGAAA